AUGCCAGUCAAAAUUAAAAAUACUAAAGCUUUAAAAGCUUCAAAAGAAAAUGCGUGUGUUAAACUUAAGCAGAAAGUAAAUACAGACAACAGUUUAAGACCUCAACGAAAAGUUUUAGGUGAUAAAACCAACUCCGCUUCUGAUGAUAAUGCUUCAAUACUAACUAGUGAAAAACAACCAUCAAAAACAGCACCUAUUGAAAAGGCGGGUAAAGCAUGUAAACCCAUUAUAACAGAAACUAUUGAGAGGCCAAAAAGAGCAAGACGAGUGCCAACUCGAUAUAUUGAAAAUAAGGAUGAUAAGGUCAAUUCAAAGAAAUCAAAUUCACCUUCACCGUCGGUUAACAAAAAUUUAGAAUCACCAAAACAGAAAGUGCCUAUUGUUCUCUUGACUCCACAUAAAACUCAUGACAGCAGUAUAAUUAUAAAUCGACCUAAGAGAGUUUGCCGUUUACCAAGCAAGUUUGAUGACAGCACCACAAGCCCUAGUAAGUUUUUAUCAGUUCAACCAAUCAAUUCAAGUACUCCUUUACCUCCGAAACCUAAGCCCGUGAAUCAAACUAAAAGACAAUUGAGGUCAAAGACAGUAUCAGAAAAGAAGUCACAACCGAAAAAAGUUGUUAAAAAAAAUAGCAAGAGGAAAAUUAAUGAAACUCAGACUACACCUCACAAGUCACCAAAACAAUCUCAGAUAACAAGUUUUUUAAAGAAAAAGUUGUCAGACACAAACAAUAAUGCUAACAGUAAUAAGAAUAACUCAUUUAAAACCUCACAGAAGUCGCCUGACAAUAAUAAAGUUUUAACUAAAUCUGCAGCUGAGAGAAAUAAAAUCAGAAAUAUAGAUUUCUCUAUAAAAUUAUUAGAUGAUAAGAAAUCACUUAAAAGAAGUUCCAAUAAGGCUGACGUCUAUGAAUUCACGUUUGACCCUUCCGAAGAACCACCUCCAGCUAAGAAGCAAAAGAAGAAAAAUGCCUCCAAAAAACCAUCCAAACCUAGAAAAGUUACUUACAAAAGUAAUUAUGAGAAAAAUUUAGCAAAAGCACUUGCUGCGUUAAAGAAUACAGUGGCUCCAGAUAAAAUUUUAGAACAAAAUCAUAAAGAAGCUAAUAAUCAAGCAUCAAGUACUAAAAACACUGAUCCAAAUCAAGUUAUUGCUGAUGGUCAAAAAAUUAAUGAUGAAAAUCAAGUUUCAAAUCAAAAAAAUGACAUAAACCAGACUUUCAAUAGAGUGGGAACAAAUGAUAAUGAAAAUGUGGAUAAUAAUUAUAAUUCUGUCCAAGUUGAGGAUGCAGCUUUGGAUGUUCAGCCAGAUACCGACAAUAUUAACUAUUCUCCUGUUAACACUCCAACAAGACCAAAAACUCCUAAAUGUAAUGCCGCAAACACUACAAAUAUUGAUGAUCCUUUGAAUUUGCAAGAGUUGAGCUUCUUUGAUGACCAACCGGCUGCUAGCAGUAGUAUGAAUCAAUCAAUAAGACAUCCCACAGCGAGUCCGUGGAGGAUUGAAUUUGGUAAUUUGCCGAUAAAAUGGCAAGUCAACACAUAUGUAAAACCAAACAUGACGCCGGCUCUCGAAAGUUCUUUUAUUAACUUUAAUGACACCAAGAAAAAACAUGUCUACACUCCUAUAGUACCGGUUAAUGAAACAUUACCUGACGUAACCGAAAGCCCUAACUUGAAGCAGACAAGCAUAAUUUCCUUUAUAAAAGAAGUUGUAGAGAGAAGUGCUAAUAAGAAAAAGAAAAAAUCAAGUCCAGUGAAAAAUAACUCACUCUUUGAAGAUGUUACAAACUCAUUUGUGAAUAUAGAAAAUACACCGACUAAAGAAACAUUACCAAGCUCAAAAACAAGCAAGACACCUAACAAAAAUACACUCGUGGAAAAUAAUGCAAAUAAUGACUCUUCUAUGGAAGACAAGGAAAAUGACUCAGAAAGCAUUGAAAAAUCAAAUGGAAAAGAUAAAAAUUUGACGUUUUUUGGUUUCGAUGAAUCCGAAGAUCGAGAAAAUGUUUCACCGACUAAAAAGAAACUUAGAUCUACAAAAUCUCAAUACAGACGAGCUCUUCAAGAGCUUAAUACUUUCAAAGGUCCAUCCAGACCUGUGUUGCCAGUUGCUGCAAAAACUAAUAUACCACAAAACUUUGACAAAGCAAAUGAACUUUAUGAGAACAUGAAAUCUGCUACCGAACCUCCAGUUUUCCCUGAAAUAUCUAUUGCUGGCAAUAUUGAGGUAACUAAUGUCAAUCCAACUGAAGACAAUGAGGAUUCACAAUCAGUGCAUCUGUUUGAAGAUAUUGAAGUGGUACAUCAUCACAAGCCAAUACGCAAAAGCUACAGCAAGCCCAAAAGGGUGAUGUUCAGACAAAGAGUUGAUGAUAGUGAUGAUAGUCGUAACACUGAUGAUGAACCAAGUGGUGAUGAAAUGGAUGAAUCAUUCACACUCCCAACCGUCCAAAUAAAAAAACCAACCAAGAAAAGAGUUACUAAGAAACAGAAGUUGUCUAAAAAGGAGGAAAAAGAAGCAGAAGCAUGGGCGGCAGGAUUCAACUCGAUGUGUGAAAAUAUUGAAGAAUUUGAAUUAGUUGUAGAAUGA